AUGAUUUCAAGCAACUAAGAUGUCAUAAAAACAAAGCAAUAAUUCUAAAAUACGAAUUUUGAAUUUGAUUAAUAAUAGAUAUAAAAUUUAGAUAUUGAACAACUUCAAAAAAAAUAAUUUGUGGAAAAAUAAUCAUUUGAAUUAGUUGAUUUACAUUAGAAAGGUAUAUUUAAAUUAGUUAUUUAAAGGUACAUUUCUAUUGUAAAUGGGUUAAUAUGAAUUAGCAAUCGAAUGGUUUGACAAAGUAUUGGCAAUCAAUUCGUAAAUAGUAGAUUCUUUGCAAAACAAAGGUAUGUUUAAAUUAGUUAUUUAAAAGGUGUAUGCUUACAUUAAAUGGGUCAAUAUGAAUAAGCAAUUGAAUGGUAUGACAAAGCAUUGAUCAUAAAUCCAUAAUCUAUAGAUUCUUUAAAUAACAAAGGUAUACUUAAAUCAAUUAUUUCGAGGUAUUUGCCUACAUUUAAUGGGUUAAUACGAAUAGGCAAUAGAAUAGUUUGACAAAGAAUUGGCUAUCAAUCCACAAUCUAUAGAUUCUUUACAUAACAAAGGUAUAUUUAGAAUAAUUAUUUAAAGGUUUAUGCUUAUUGAAAAUGGGUUAAUAUGAAUAGGCAAUUAAAUGCUUAGAUAAAGAAUUGGCUAUUAAUCCGUAAUCUGUUGAUUGUUUACAUAAUAGAGGUAUGCUUAAAUCAAUUGUUUAAAGGGGUUUGCUUAUUGAAAAUGGGUUAAUUUGAAUAGGCAAUUGGAUGGUUUGAUAAAGCUUUGGCAAUAAAUCCAUAGUUUUUCUAUUCUUUGUAGGACAAAGGUACAAAUGAAUAAAUUAUUUAAAGGUGUAUGCCUACAUUUAAUGGGUUAAUUUGAAUAGGCAAUUGAAUGGUUAGACAAAGAAUUGGUCUUCAAUCCGCAAUCUAUAGGUUCUUUACAUAUCAAAAGUAUAUUUAGAAUAUUUAUUUAAAGGUUUAUGCUUAUUAAAAAUGGGUUAAUACUAAUAGGCAAUUGAAUGGUUGGACAAAGAAUUGGCUAUCAAUCCCUAAUCUGUCGAUUGUUUACAAAACAAAGGUAUAUUUAAAUUAAUUAUUGAAAGGUAUAUGCUUACAUUUUAUGGGUCAAUAUGAAUAGGCAAUAGAAUGGUAUGAUAAAGUAUUGGAGAUAAAUCCAAAAUAUAUUGAUUCUUUACAUAACAAAGGUAUAAUUAAAUUAAUUAUUUAAAGGUAUAUGCUUAAUGAAAAUGAGUCAAUACGAAUAAGCAAUUGAAUGGUUGGACAAAGAAUUAGCCAUCAAUCCUUAAUUUUUAGAUUCUUUACAUAACAAAGGUUUAUUUAAAUUAAUUAUUUAAAGGUCUAUGCCUACAUUAAAUUGGUCAAUAUGAAUAAGCAAUUGAAUGGUAUGACAAAGCAUUGGCUAUCAAUCCGUAAUCAGUUGAUUGUUUACAGAACAAAGGCAUAUUUAAUAUUAAUUAUUCAAAGGUGUGUGCUUAUUGAAAAUGGGUUAAUAUGAUUAGGCAAUUGAAUGGUUGGACAAGGAUUUGGCUAUCAAUCCAUAAUCUGUUGAUUCUUUGUAAAAUAAAGGUAUAUUUAAAUUAAUUAUAGAAAGGAAUAUGCUUACAUUUAAUGGGUCUAUAUGAACAGGCAAUUAAAUUGUAUGAAAAAGUAUUGGCUAUCAAUCCCGAAUCUAUAGAUUCUUUACAUACCAAAUGUAUAUUUUUAUUAAUUAUUCAAAGCUGAAUGCCUACUAUAAAUGAAUCAAUAUGUAUAGGCAAUUAAAUUCUUACGUAUGAACUUAACCAUCAAUCCAUAAUUGGGAUAAGAAUUUACAGAUAUAAUGUUUUAAUUAGUUUAAUAAUUAUGA